UAUGUUGCUCCUUUGACAGACAUUUCGACUAUGAUGGAUUCUUUGAGAGGACAGACUGCCUUUAUCACUGGAGCUUCCAUGGGCAUUGGUGAAGCUACAGCCAAGCUUCUGGCUGAGCAUGGCGUCAACAUUGCUCUGGUAUCCCGCAGCAAGGAUAAACUUGAGAACGUGCGAAACGAAAUCACUGCCAAAUUUCCCGAUGUCAAGGUUGCCGUCUACCCAGUCGACAUCCAAGAUCAAAACCAGGUCGAGAAUGCUGUCAAGGCAGCUAUCUCUGACCUUGGUCAGAUUGAUAUUCUUAUCAACAAUGCUGGCCUCGCCCUCGGCGCUCCUGCUAGGUUUUGGGAACUCCCCAUUGAUCAAGUUGCCCAGAUGUCAGGCACAAACAUCAAUGGCGUGAUGUUUACCACGCACGCAGUGCUAAACCUUUCCAUGUGGCCGAGAAAGAAGGGGACCAUUCUUAAUGUGUCUUCUGUAACCGGACUAGAGUGUCCGCCGUUUAACGGCGAGGCAGUUUAUCAUGCCUCGAAAGCCUUCCUCGAGGGCUUUACUAAUAGCCUUCGCAUGGAAACGGCAGGCUCUGAUAUACGUGUCUUGACAUUACGGCCUGGCUGCGUGGACACGCACUUUCAUCUCCAGAGGGUCAAGUAUGACCAAGGUGCCAUGGAUGAGUUCUUUGAGGGAUACGAGCCGCUUGCUGCUGAAGACCUUGCGCAGACGGUGCUGUACAUGUUGAGUCUGCCGAGCCGCAUAUCUAUCAAGGCACUUGAUUGCGUGCCCACGGCACAGCGUUCUCUGACGCGAUUUGAUCGGGAAUGGAAUUCUCGGCAAGGAUAA